CAAUUACCAAGUCAGUGCCCCCAACAUCUCCUCUCCCUUCUCUCUCUUUCUAAAUUUUUUCUCCGAACCAAAAGUCAGCGCUGUCCUCUCUCCGUCUGUCUGUUGCCUUUGAGUUCUAACCUCACCCCAGUUGUGGGCUGAGAAUUAUAGCAAGAAGAGCAGAAAAAGAUUGUGUGAGAAUUUGUAGGUGAGAGAGAGAGAGAGAGAUAGUACUGAUCAGUGAUCAGUCAAUGGCUGAGGACUGGGAUCUACAUGCGGUGGUGCGGAGUUGUAAAUCUGCUACCGCCAAAAAGACCAUUAAUACCGCCAUCGCCGCGGCUCCGGAAGACCCUUUGGCUUGCCUGGCGUCUCUAACUUUUGAAGAGGAAAGCGACCCAUUUUCUUUUCCCCAUCUUGUAGAGCCACCCAGAACCACUGCUUUCCAGGAAUUGCAGGAAUUCUGCAAAUCCUUUUUCCCCACCACUACCGCAACAACUAGUCACGGUAUCAAUCCAAAUUCCUCCCUUUCAGAUAUACAACGACGAAGACAUCCAGUGCGGCUUACUAACACAAGUAGUUCCAUCAGGUCUCAUUUCAAACCCGGAUCUCCUUCUUCCACUGGUUUUGUGGGAAUCCAAGACCAACAACGGCGGCGACAACAACAACAACAACAAAAUCUACCAUAUCAACAACGACAAGUACUCCAUCGACAAGAGUUUCAAAGGCCUCAAGCCAAUCCUUCCAUGUCCUUACCAACCAUGCAAUCUCAGGCCCCAAGAUCAAGAAAAAGGAAGAGCCAGCAGAAGAGAACGGUGUGCCAUGUAACCGCAGAGAAUCUCUCAGCUGAUGUGUGGGCAUGGCGUAAAUACGGACAAAAGCCCAUCAAAGGUUCUCCAUAUCCAAGAAACUACUAUCGGUGCAGCAGCUCAAAAGGGUGUUCGGCAAGAAAACAAGUGGAACGAAGCAACAUCGAUCCCAACAUGUUCAUCGUCACCUACACCGGCGAGCACACCCACCCUCGUCCCACCCACCGGAACUCGCUGGCAGGUAGUACACGGAACAAAUGUUCCGCACCCGGACAGAAGUCCAUAGACAAAGAUAAUUCCGCGUCGCUGGGCACAGCUAAUGUUGGUUCAUGCUCCUCCCCACAGUCAGCAACAAGCCUCUCUCCCACAACACCGCUUACAGUUCAAACAGACGAAGAGGCAGCAAUUAUUACCAACAAGAUCAACAGCAACGAAGAAGAGAAUAAGAUCAUGAUUGAUGGUAAUGAUAAAGAGAGCGAGGAAAUGGCGGAUGAUGAUGUUAACAAUGAUGAUGAUGAUGAGGAUGAUCAUGAUGAGAUUCUGAUUCCAAACAUGGCCAUGACCCAGGACAUCUUCAUGGGGCUUCAAGAGCUUGGCUAUAGUAGUCCUGGUGGGGGCUCCGGGGACAAUUUCUCGGAUGAUGGUCGAGCAAAUUCGGGUUCUUCUUGGCCUCCGUGUGGCUCCGCCGCCUCCAUAGCCACCACCGGAGCCGCCGUGAAUGGCUGCUGAGAUUUCGGAUCUUUUGCUCUUUUUUUUUUUUCUUUUUUUUUUUUUUUUCCCCCCUUGACGCGGGGGCAAAGGAAAUUUCUUGUACAGUUUCCUUCUCUAUCUUUGCCCACCAAACAAGGUAUAGCAUAGAACAAAAGAUGGAAAGAAUCUCUUUCCACCCCCAAUAGGUUUAUGUUUGGUCUUUUUUAUUUUUUCUUUUCUAAUAAAAACUUCUUUCCAA